GUUUAGAGGCAAAUCACAAUACACUCUAACCAGAGUCUAUCGGGAGGCAUUUACGAUCUGUUGAGGGGAAACCUAAGCCCAGAAAGAUUAAUCUUUUCCUAUUUACGAGCUCAGGAGGGGCACAGGCGCGGCCUUUCUUCUCUACUCAAUCUUUGGUGGAUAUCACCAAGGGGCGCCGAAUAUAUACUUAGUUUAGAAUUACUAGACCAUUUUAAAGAUGUAGCAGAUUUGGAAAAAUGCGCCAAACUCUCCUUGCAUUAUUAUUUAGAUCGACUACGCAUUUUAUAAAAUUAUAAACAUUUUUUUGAGUA